AUGACAUCCCUAACUAAGAACCUCAUUUUGGCAUUUUUGUGUGUUUUAUUUGGUUUUGUUUGCUUUAGCAAUGCCCAAUUGUCAUCCAAUUAUUAUGGGGCGUCGUGCCCUAAUCUAAAAACAAUUGUUGGUGACGCAAUGAAAGAAGCGGUGAAUAGAGAGUCCAGACUUGGUGCCUCUAUUGUUCGCUUGUUUUUCCAUGAUUGUUUCGUUAAUGGAUGUGAUGCAUCAAUAUUACUGGAUGACACGUCAUCAUUUACAGGAGAGAAGAAUGCAAAUCCAAGCAUGAACUCUUUAAGAGGAUUUGAAGUGAUAGACACCAUUAAAACUCAAGUUGAAGCUGCUUGUCCUAAUGUUGUCUCUUGUGCAGACAUACUUGCUCUUGCUGCCCAAGAAGGCGUUGCGUCGCUAGGAGGGCCAUCAUGGACCGUGCAAUUGGGCCGAAGAGACGCAAGAACCGCAAGCCUAAGCUCCGCCAACGCCCAAAUCCCCAUGCCAACUUCCACCCUUUCAACUUUGAUCUCCAUGUUCUCCGCCAAAGGCCUAAACGCCGCCGAAAUGACCGCCCUCUCCGGCAGCCACACAAUCGGCCAAGCCCGGUGCGCCAGUUUCCGUAACCGCGUUAACAACGACACCAACAUCGAUUCGGGAUUCGCCGCCACACUCAGGGCCACGUGCCCUGCUUCUGGCGGCGAUGGAAAUCUGGCCCCGUUGGAUAUCCAAACGCCGAGCCAAUUCGAUAAUAAAUAUUAUCAGAACUUAGAGGCUCGGCGUGGAUUGCUUCAAUCGGAUCAGGAAUUAUUUAAUGGCGGAUCUCAGGAUUCGUUAGUGAAGAGUUAUAGCAGCGAUGGUGAAGCUUUUAAAAGGGAUUAUGCAUCUGCUAUGGUGAAAAUGGGGAAUAUUAGCCCACUUACUGGAAAUAAUGGUGAGAUCAGAAGGAACUGCAGGGCUAUUAAUUGACGAUAUAAACGUAUUCUUUAACUUGACAUUAUUAUUAUCU